AUGGCGCCCCUCGUCGACAACUCUCAAAUUAAGAGCGCCGAGCUGCUGCGCCCGCUGUCUUUCUACCUCCAUGCCUAUAUUUGGCCCUUCACCAUCGUAUGGCCCGUCUUCUUCGCCUUUUACUUAAGCCCUGAACUCUACGGAAAGUACAUUGGCGCCGAAGAAUGGACAACUGUCUGGGUCGGCACUAUCAUCACUUUCCAAGCCCUCACUUGGCUCAGCACACACUGGAGCGUUGAUCUUGAGGGCAAGUUCACCGCUUCAAAGGCAAAGGAUAUCCAAGACGCAGAGUUAAUCAAGGUCAUUCCUAUUGCAAACGCUGGUACUGCCGAGAUUUGCAAGAUUAUCCGCGAUAAGGCUGGUGGUAAGCUCAACACCUCGUUCCUCUUCCAGAAGCGUCGCUUCCUCUACGAUACCGAUACCAAGACCUUCCACACCCUCAAGUACGACAUCGAUGAAGAGCCCAAGCCUUCCAUCGGUUACUUCCAAACCUCAAAGGGUCACCAAACCCAGACCGAGUUGUCGCGCAUUGAGCAGCACUAUGGAGCCAACACUUUCGAUAUCCCCGUUCCCACCUUUACCGAACUAUUCAAGGAGCACGCUGUUGCACCAUUUUUCGUCUUCCAGAUCUUCUGUGUUGGACUUUGGAUGCUCGAUGAAUACUGGUACUAUUCGCUCUUCACUCUCUUCAUGCUUGUCGUUUUCGAGAGUACUGUCGUUUGGCAGCGUCAGCGCACUCUCAAUGAGUUCCGUGGCAUGAGCAUCAAGCCCUACGAUAUGUGGGUUUUCCGUCUGGGCAGGUGGACCGAGGUUCAGAGUGACCAGCUCAUUCCUGGCGAUCUCGCCUCUGUCAACCGAACCAAGGAGGACAGUGGUGUCGCUUGUGAUAUGCUUCUGGUCGAGGGUACCGCUAUUGUCAACGAGGCUAUGCUUUCUGGUGAGAGUACCCCUCUCCUCAAGGAUUCGAUUCAACUACGCCCCGCCGACGUUCCUCUGGAUGCUGAGGGCCUCGACAAAAAUGCUUUCCUCUGGGGUGGUACCAAGGUUCUCCAGAUCACCCAUGGAAACCCCGAUCAAGAGAAGCCCAAGCUUGCCUCCGGUGUUCCUCCCCCCCCGGAUAACGGUGCCAUGGCCAUUGUCAUGAAGACCGGUUUCGAGACAUCUCAGGGUAACCUUGUCCGAACCAUGAUCUACUCUACCGAACGAGUUUCUGCCAACAACGCCGAGGCCUUGUUCUUCAUUCUUUUCCUCUUGAUCUUCGCCAUUGCUGCCUCUUGGUACGUUUGGGACGAGGGUGUUCGCAAGGAUCGUAAGCGUUCCAAGCUUAUGCUUGACUGUGUCUUGAUUGUCACCAGUGUUGUUCCUCCCGAGCUGCCCAUGGAGCUGAGUCUCGCCGUCAACACCAGUCUGGCUGCUUUGGCCAAGCUGGCUAUCUUCUGUACUGAACCCUUCCGAAUUCCCUACGCUGGCCGUGUUGAUGUGGCUUGCUUCGACAAGACUGGUACCCUCACUGGUGAGGACCUCGUCGUUGAAGGUAUUGCUGGAUUGGCUCUUGGACACGAGGACGAAAUCAAGGACACCAAGGAGGCAGAUGGCGCCCACUCCACCAUGACUGCUGUCACCGACGCUUCUCUGGAAACCAAGUUGGUUCUUGCUACCGCCCAUGCUCUUGUCAAGCUUGACGAGGGAGACAUUGUCGGUGACCCUAUGGAAAAGGCUACUCUUACCUCUCUCGGAUGGACUCUUGGUCGCAACGAUACUCUCAUGAGCACCAACAAGGCUGGUACCACCCACGGUACCGUCCAGAUCAAGCGCCGCUUCCAGUUCUCUUCUGCUCUCAAGCGUCAGAGCUCCGUCGCCAUGGUUCACGGAAACGAUAUCAAGACUGGACGUAAGGUUAAGGGUACUUUCGCCGGUGUCAAGGGUGCGCCUGAGACCAUUCAAAAGAUGCUUAAGGUUGUUCCCCAGGAUUACGAAGAGACUUACAAGUACUUCACUCGCAAGGGUUCCCGUGUUCUAGCUCUCGCUUACAAGCAACUCACUGUUGACACUGAGCUUGGUUCUGGCAAGAUCAACGAUCUUAAGCGCGAGAAGGUUGAGUCUGAGUUGACUUUCGCUGGUUUCCUCGUCUUGCACUGCCCUCUUAAGGACGAUGCCAAGGAGGCUGUUCAGAUGUUGAACGAGAGCAGCCACCGUGUUGUCAUGAUUACUGGAGAUAACCCCCUUACCGCUGUCCAUGUCGCCCGCGAGGUCGAGAUUGUCGAUCGUGAUGUCCUCAUCCUCGAUGCCCCUGAAGAUAACUCGAAUGGUGACCACCUUAUCUGGAGAAGCGUCGAUGACAAGGUCAGCAUCAAGGUUGAUCCUACUAAGCACAUCGAUCCCGAGAUCAUCCGCUCCAAGGAUAUCUGUGUUACUGGUUAUGCUCUUGCCAAGUUCAAGGGACAAGUUGCCUGGAACGACAUCCUCCGCUACACCUGGGUCUACGCUCGUGUUUCCCCCAAGCAGAAGGAAGAUAUUCUUCUAGGUCUCAAGGAUAUGGGUUACUACACUCUGAUGGCUGGUGACGGUACCAACGAUGUCGGUGCUCUGAAGCAGGCUCACAUUGGUAUUGCCUUGUUGAACGGAACUCCUGAAGACCUCACCCGUAUCGCCGAGCACUCCCGCAACACCAAGAUGAAGGAGAUGUACCAAAAGCAGGUUGACCUUAUGAAGCGCUUCAACCAGCCCGCUCCCCCAGUUCCUGCUAUGAUUGCCCACCUGUACCCCCCUGGACCUCAGAACCCUCAGUUCCAAAAGGCUAUUGAGCGUGAGGCUCAGAAGAAGGGCAUGACUCCCGAGGAAUACGCCAAGUCUCAAGGUCACGACAACUUCGAAACCAUCACUUCUCCUGGUGCUCAGGCUCUUAUAGACGCAGGCCCCAACAACCGCCAGGCUGAGGCUCAGAAGAAGGCUGCUGGAUUUGCCGACAAGCUUGCUUCUGGUAUGAUGGAGGCUGAAUUGGGAGAUGAUGAGCCACCUACUCUGAAGCUCGGUGAUGCCUCCGUCGCUGCUCCUUUCACCUCCAAGCUGCGAAACGUCGUUGCGGUGCCCAACAUCAUCCGUCAAGGUCGUUGCACUCUCGUCGCCACCAUCCAGAUGUACAAGAUCCUUGCACUCAACUGUCUUAUCACCGCCUACUCUCUGUCCGUCCUGUAUCUCGAGGGUAUCAAGUUUGGUGACACUCAGUACACCAUCAGUGGUAUGCUCAUGUCCGUCUGCUUCCUCAGUAUCUCUCGUGCUCGUGUUGUCGAGGGUCUUAGCAAGGAGCGUCCUCAGCCCAAUAUCUUCAACGUUUACAUCAUCGGUUCUAUCUUGGGACAGUUCGCUGUUCACAUUGCCACCCUGAUUUACAUCGCUCGCCUUUGCGAUAGACUUGCUCCUCGCUCCGAUGAUGUUGAUCUUGAGGCCGAAUUCGCCCCCUCUCUGCUUAACUCAGCCGUCUACCUCCUCCAGCUCAUCCAGCAAAUCUCCACCUUUGCUAUCAACUACCAGGGCCGUCCCUUCCGUGAGUCUCUCUCUGAGAACAAGGGUAUGUUCUACGGUAUUGUCGGUGUUUCCGGCCUUGCUUUUGCUUGCGCUCUCGAGCUCUUCCCCGACAUCAACCAGGGCAUGAAGCUUGUCCCCUUCUCUGAGGAGUUCAAGACCAACAUGACAGCCGUCAUGGUCAUCGAUUAUGCAGCCUGCUGGAUCAUCGAGGUCGGUCUCAAGAAGUUCUUCAGUGACUACCGACCCCGUGAUAUCGCCGAGCGACGACCCGAGCAGCUCGAGCGUGAGGCUGCCCGUCGCGCCAUUGUGCAGAAGAAGAAGGAAGAGGAAGAGGAGAAGAAGAGACUUGAGAAGGUUGCCGAGUUUGAGCGCAAGGUCGAGGAGCGACGAAGAAAGAUUGAGGAGUGGCGAGCUGGAAGGACCUAA